AUGCACACUAAGCGCGGUGGCCAUAUCUCGGCGAGUGCAGAGGUACAAGCUCGCAUUGCGCGGGCGUCAAGACGCCGAAAACAGGCGAACAAGAUCGACCUCGGACCAGUCAACGCCAAUGAUAUGGGGAUGGAGUGUAGACGCAUCGUAGAACGCGUUUUCGUUUGAAGUUGACGUCUUGUUUGAGAGUAGAUGUGACAGAUUUGCGUAGAAUAGGGUAAGAUGUUAUCAUGAACGGAGAUGAAAGGGCUUUUCCAACACGGAGAUGUAGCAUGGAUCAAAGCAUUUGUUGGAUUUCAGCUUUUACAAGCGGACAUCAACGCAGUAGUAUUUUAGCAAGCUUACGAACGCAUAUAGGAUACCAUCAGGAUU